GCAUGUGACCAGCUCAGGGAAGAGAUCAGCAUUCAGACAGAAGGAAAGAGCCGGGACAGGGAAGCGAAACGGUGCUUGGGUGAGAAUAAUAAAGCAGAGAUACAGAAAAAAUGGAAUGGCUGGCAAGAUUGAUAUAAUGACAGCAGUAGACACUUUAAAGUAUUUAUAUAACAUUUGAAGAAGUGGAAGCAGAGGAGAGCCUAAGGACAAAUAGAAAGGGUGAAAUACAAAAUACUGCAGGAAAAAAAUCUACAAUCAAAAAGAAGAGUGAGCGGAACGAAAUACAUCUGAAAAGGGCUGGCGUGCUCGUAACUGCUGCUGAUUUCACUGGAUGAGAAGUGGGAACUCAGUUGGCUGCAUGAUAUCCAUUACAUGACAUCUGAUCUCUGAGAGCAGGAUGGGAAAUGACAAUAGCCACCAAGCAGAGGCUCAGCCACAAACUCCAGCUGGAUCCAGACAAGUCCCAGUGCAGAUUCCCAAUGAGGUCACCCAGCAGGAGCUUUUGCAUCCUCCGGUGGCUGCACCCGACCUCCAUUCCCAGGGAAUAAAACUGCCCAAGGAACUUGAGGAUAAAGAGGAACCUCAUUCAUCCUUGCAUCCUUACCCCGGGGCUUUUAAAACAAAUCCCAGCGGAGACGAAUCUUUGCAGCAUAUUUGGAAGGAAGGACAGCUGCUUCCUCCGCUUCCUGCCGCUGAUCUUUAUAUAGAGGGUCAGGAAUAUAAGGAAUUUGGGAGCAGCCCACAGCCUAGCACCAUCAGGAGCUCAGAUUCUGAGGAAGCUUUCGAGACCCCGGAGUCAACGACUCCAGUGAAAUCUGUUCCUCCCGUCCCCAUUCCUCCCCUGCCAGAGGUUCAGGAGCAACAACCCCAACACCGUGAAGAAGACAUCCCCCCACCUCCACCACCACCACCUGAGAACACAGAUCUGGUGUCUUGCAUAGAGAGCAUAUUAUCAGCCGAGACAUCUGUGACUGAAGAAGCAGAGGAUACUCCUUUCCGCGCCCCUUCUCGCUCCUUCUCAGUGGUUUUUGAUGAGGACAAGCCUAUCGCCAGUAGUGGCACUUACAACUUAGACUUUGGUAACAAUGAUUUGACUAAUAACACGUCCAGCUCUUCAGCACCUUCUGCCAGGGCCCGUCGCAAAUCCACAGACUCUGUGCCUGUGAGCCGAACCAUACUGUCUCGCUCCUUAAGUUUGCAAGCUUCAGACUUCCAGAGUGAGGACGUGAUCUGCAGUCUAGGGGGGUCAGACAGUGCAUGCAGCACCCUUCGGAGAACCAAGAAGCCCCGUCCUGCAUCACUGAAGAAGAAACCAUCAAAGAAACAAGAGGCUACUGAAACCAAGGAAAUUAAGCCGACAGAGGCUGGAGAGACACAGGAAACAGAAAUAGAGAGCAGCUCACAGGCAGUUCCAGGGGACAGUUCUUCUGUACCCCAGGCUGAUACAGACUUGUCAUUUACUGGGGAAAUACAAACACCAGCUUUCUCCUUGUCACAGAUUUCCUCUGCAGACCCGCAGGAGGUCCCUAUUGGAAGUGACCUUCCUACUGACUCUUGUCUUUUGAGGGAAACUGGAAAGCAAUCUCCAUCACUACCCCAGGAAACAGAGGUGGCCCCUACUGCCACUGAAGCACCAGAUACCCCAGGAGUGAUCGGACAAGCUGUGAGGCUGGAGUUUGAUUAUUCAGAGGAGGCACGUGAGGGUCAGCCUCCUACCAGGAAGGGAAAGAAACCCUCAGGCAAGAUGCCACUUCGGAAACCCAAACCCAAGAAGGCAGUGGAAAAACCAGAUGCUCCUCCUGGGUCUUCUAGCCCUAUUCCCGUUGACCCCGAUGACAUUCCCAUCGGAAAAGGAUCCUAUACGUACAACUUGGAUAAAUGGGAUGACCCAAAUUUUAACCCCUUCUCUUCUAGUGGGAAGUUGCCUGAUUCCCCUACAGCUGGCCAGGAGCCUUCAGAACAACUUAAGCCCACUAGUCAGAGAUCGGAGUCUCCUGCAAAAAUGCCAGCUUCCUUUGAGAUACCAACAAGUGUUAAUGAGCAAAACAACGUUGAGAGCAAUAAGCCAGCUAAGAAGAAAAAGACACCACUGAAGACUGACACAUUUAGGGUGAAGAAAUCACCGAAGCGCUCCCCGGUCAAUGAAAACGGCUCCGAGGAGCUUACAUUACCUCCCAAAUCUGACAUUCCCCCUGUAAUCACUUCGGAGGACCAUGCUACGGAUGAGGAGAAGCUGGCUUCUUCAGUCAGCGGGCAGAAAUGGACGUGUAUGGCUGUAGAUCUGGAACCAGAGAAGCCAGACUACCCCCAGCCUUCCGAUAUCACCAGUUUUGUCAACGAGAACCAGUUCCAUGCAUCUACAGAUGACAUAGAAUAUGGAAACUCAUACAGUAUUGAGUAUAUGGAGAAAACAGGAACUUGCUCUCCGCUCCGUGAUGUACCUCAGACGCAGUCCUUGUACCUUAUGUUUGACGCAAACCAAGAAAGCCCUGUGAAGUCACCAGCUAAAUUCUCUGAGACCUGCACUCCAGGAACAGAUUCUAGUUUUGAUGGAAUGGAGUCUACUGUAUGCUCCGCACAGCUCCCCUGCCCUAGAACUCCCCCGGUGAUGCAGGACACAUCCCACCAACCUCUAGAUCGGACUCGGCAGAGGGACGAGGAGCUUGGAUGCCUGGGAAGUGGGAAAAUGGAGCUGGGCUCUCCCGAGGACACUUAUGUGGCUGCUGAGACUUUGCUUUCACGGAUUUCCCAUCAAGCUGCGCUCUGCGAUCAGCUCAGUUACCUGGAACCCGAUUUAGCAGAGAAGAACCCACAGGCUUUUGCACAGAAACUACAGGAGGAGCUAGAGUUUGCAGCCAUGCGAAUUGAGGCUCUGAAGUUAGCCAGGCACAUUUCCAUGUCCUCCCAGUGCUCUCUGCAAGCAGAGCAUGAGUCGACAGGUGUCAGUCUUCCCCCUCAUAACUCAAUAUACUCACGGGCUGUGGCAAUGGAGACAUCCAGCAGUGGACUCUUAUUACCUUACCAGCAGCCUGAUAUAGAUGCAGCGCUCCAGCUGGCCAGGGAAGAGAUUGCUGCCAAAGAGAUGGAGGCAGUGGAAUGGAAGAAGAAGUAUGAAGACAGUCGAUGUGAGGUGGUAGAGAUGAGGAAGAUUGUCGCAGAAUAUGAGAAGACGAUAGCACAAAUGAUAGAGGAUGAGCAGAGAGAGAAGUCCGUUUCACAUCACACAGUGCAGCAGUUAAUUCUGGAAAAGGAGCAGGCUCUAGCAGAUCUCAACUCUGUGGAGAAGUCACUGGCGGAUCUUUUCCGAAGAUAUGAAAAAAUGAAGGAUGUUCUGGAGGGAUUCCGGAAGAAUGAGGAAGUACUGAAAAAGUGUGCACAGGAAUAUCUGGCGCGGGUGAAAAAGGAGGAGCAGAGGUACCAUGCCCUGAAAAUCCAUGCGGAGGAGAAGCUGGACAGGGCCAAUGCAGAGAUUGCCCAGGUGCGUAGUAAGUCUCAACAAGAACAUGCUGCUUACCAAGCCAGCCUCAGGAAGGAACAGCUCAAGGUGGAUGCUUUGGAGAGGACACUCGAGCAAAAGAAUAAAGAGAUUGAAGAACUCACCAAGAUUUGUGAUGAACUUAUUUCAAAGAUGGGGAAGAGUUAAUCUACCGCUGAUUUUUUAGAGACGCUUGUUUUCCAAGCAGUGUGCACUCUGGAUAAUGCAGAAAAGAGAGAUCUCACCUUCUCGUUGUACCUAACCCUGGAUGAAAUGUAAAGAGGGGGCACCCGAGGCUCAGAGAGGCCCAGAAAGCGUGUAACGUAGGCACCCCUCCGCAUGCCCUUCCUGUAUCAGGGAGGCAGAAACCUGGCUGUGCAUCUCCACUUGUCUUGUUAUAUUUUAUAUGAAUUUGAUAUCCAGUCCUGCAUUGUGUUUAAAGAGCUCAGAGCUCAUUAUGUGUCCGGGAAGAACCCAUUGUGUCUCAAACUGUUUCAUAAAGGGUGGGAAACCUCAGCUACUGGACUUGAAGUUGAAGCAGUGCCAGCUGAUUCACGUAAAAAAAGACAAAAUAAUGCAUGAAAAGUGUGCUGUAAAUAAAUAUCUUAUGCAAAACCUGGAAAA